AUUUGAGAUUUAAUUUAGUAUUAUAUAAGAAUGUUUAAGCUGAUGUUAAUAAUCUGGAAUUUCCUCCAUCUUGGAUCUUCACAAUCUUCUAUGGAAGAUUUGUGUCCAGUUAGCACUAUACAGGUAGAAUACUGGCAGUGUCCUGAACCAAACCUUCUCUAUAACUGUCAUAAAAUCUUAAACUACAAGGACAUGAGUGGACACAAAACAUUUUUGCACGAGGACUGGGAUUAUGAAACGCUACAUUCUGUUGUAAGAAUGCAGCUUAAAAAUAUUCAACAUCUGCAGAAAAUUCCUCGGAUCACUUCGGCUGAAUUUGAAAAGAUGAAAAUCCCCGAGAAUCUAUUCGAAUUUGUUCUCGGGCAAAUUGACAUCUCCAGUUCAAUUCCUGAGGUCUGUUCUGGGACAGGUCACCUCAACUGUACCCCAAGGAAGACUGUUGCUACCUUCAUACCACUGAAGGAUAUACAGUUGGUGCGAUCAACAGUAGAUGAGGUUCUGCGACCAAUAGUUGAAGAAUGGAGUGGAAUAAAAUUAGGAAAUUCACAACUUUAUUUUGUUCGAAGAUACAACAAGGGUUCCAGGCUGGCGCUCCAUGUUGACAAAGCUGACGUAAAUGUAAUCGGAGUUAUUCUGAAUCUUUCACAGAAUAUAUCAACUCCUUGGGAUUUUCUUGUUCUUAAUUCAGAUAGAGAAGUGACCAGGAUACUGCUACAUCCCGGAGAAAUGAUCUUAUUUGAAUCUGCAAGAUUACCACAUGGAAGACAGGAUCCUCUAGAUGGAGAAUCCUAUGAUAAUCUUUUUGUCCAUUUCAGACCAGUAGACUGGAACAGCCAAGACAUUGAAUCAGAAAUUGAAAAAGAACAGACGUACCCGACAUAUGCAUCAAUAUCAUCUUCUAAUAAACAAAUUUAAACUAAUGUA